AUGCAGACCAAGCACUUCUUCACCGAUCCGACCCAUUUGGUCAUGACCGCACUGAAUUCGAUUACUCUCACCAACCCCUCGCUUGCAUUCGACGCCGAGCACAAGAUCGUUUUCCGCCGUCCAGAUGCGCCCCGCAAGGCUAAGAAAGUCUCCAUCGUCACCGGUGGUGGAUCUGGCCACGAGCCCGCAUUUGCCGGCUACGUCGGUCAGGGUCUCUGUGAUGCUGCGGUUGCCGGCACUGUUUUCGCUUCUCCCUCUGCGGAGCAGAUUCGCCGAGCUGCAAUUGACCGUGUGCCCACCGAGGCUGGUGUUUUGAUCAUUCCCAACAACUAUACCGGCGAUGUGCUCAACUUCGGUAUGGCCACGGAAAAGUCCCGUGCUGCGGGUAUCCGCACGGAGUUCUUUGCGAUCAAUGACGAUGUAAGCGUGGGGCGGAAGAAGAGCGGCAAGGUUGGUCGUCGUGGUUUGAGUGGUGGUGUGCUGAUCUUGAAGUCAAUUGGUGCUUUGGCUGAAGCUGGUGGCUCUUUAGAUGAAGUCUAUGCUCUGGCCCAGCUGGUCAACGAUAACAUGCUCACCAUUGGCUCUUCUCUGGAGCACGUCCAUAUUCCCGGCCGUGGAGUGCCCGAGGACACUAUCCCGCCGGACCAGAUUGAGAUUGGCAUGGGUAUUCAUAACGAGCCCGGUUCGCAUCGCGACAAGAAUGAGCUCGUCACGGUCGUCUCGACCAUGCUGACCCAGAUGCUUGACGAGACGGACCCGGACCGUGCCUAUGUCUCCCGCAAGUCCGGAGAUGACUUUGUCCUGUUGAUCAACAACCUUGGCGGUGUCAGCCCUCUCGAGCUGUCCGGGAUCCUUGACGAGGUCCACCGCCAACUUGUCCGAGACUAUAAGAUCAAGCCUGUCCGGGUGAUCCAGGGCACUUUCCUGACCAGUCUGAAUGGCCUGGGCUUCAGCAUCUCGCUUUUGAGAUUGGCUGAUACUGGCCUUGGCCCGGGCAAGUCUAUGCUUGAACUCAUUGAUGCUCCGGCCGAGGCUCUAGGCUGGUUUGCCCCAAUUCCCACUUCCGUCUGGGAGAAUCGGGUCGACACCUAUCCCCAAGUUCAAAAUUCUGACUUGGCCGAAAGCGCCCCCAGUAACCUCAAAUUGGAUCCUGCCGUGAUCAAGAAGGUUCUCGGCGCCGGCCUGGCGAGCGUGAUCAAGGCUGAGCCCGAGGUGACCCGGUUUGAUACGAUCGUCGGUGACGGUGAUUGCGGUGUGGGCUUGAAGCGCGGCGCCGAAGCCAUUCAAGCUCUGCUCGAGAAGCCAUUGACCGAUGACGUGGUGGUCACCGUGAGCCGGAUCGUGGACGUGGUAGAGAACGUGAUGGACGGUACGUCCGGCGCGAUUUAUGCGAUAUUCCUGAACGCGUUGGCCCACGGCUUGCGCGAGCAGGACACGGGUUCGGCCCUUCAGGCUUCCACCGAGGUUUGGGCCAACGCUCUCAAGCACUCCGUGACUGCCCUCGGAAAAUACACACCUGCAAAGCCUGGUGACCGCACCUUGAUGGAUGCACUCGUUCCUUUCUGUGAUACUCUCUUCGAGACUCACGAUGUCCGAGUCGCCGCGGCGGCUGCUCAGCAGGGUACCGAGUCCACCAAGAGCAUGAAGGCUAGUCUCGGUCGCUCUGUUUAUGUGGGCGGCGAGUCGGAAUGGAUUGGCAAGGUGCCGGAUCCUGGUGCUUAUGGUCUCACUGAGUUCUUGACUGGACUUGCCGAGUCAGUGUAA